AUGAGGAGUAAUAAAGAAAAAAAUUAUUUUGGAGUCUUAAGUUGGAGAAUAAGAUUACGACUACUUCAAAAACAUAACAGUAUGAUGUAUGUGCUUAAAAAAGUAGCUGCUGUGGAUAGACUACGUCCAAUGUAUGUAGAAAUUUCUCUUCGAGCACAAAAACAAAAUGAUCACAGAAAGACAAGUAAUAAAACACAAAACAAAAUUGGAGCAGUUAGUUCAAUGAAAUGCUUCAGUUUCCAGCAGUCUUCCUUUCAUCCUCAAUUUGAAAGUUUCAUACAUACACGCCACGCCGUUAAAGAAGCCGCAAUCAGAUGGUUGAAAAUGUUAUAA